AUGAUCACUCAUAAUUAAAUAAAGUACAACUUUUUUGCAAAUAAGUAGGUAUUCUCUUUUUAUAAAGAGUUGUAAGAAAUUGAAUAGGAAAUAAAAGACUAAUUAAAAGAAAAUUAGUAGGAUAUAAGAAGUCUAGCCAUUUUAUCACAAAUAGAAUAUAAAUUCAAGUAAAACAAAUAACAAGGCCUCUAGUUAAUCAAAUAAAUCUUAUAAUUAUCACCAUAAGAUUUAGAUGCUAGAAUAGAUUUGAUAUUGAUUUAAAUAGAAUUUAGGGUAGGAAUUAAAGAAGAUUAACUGAAAUUAUUAAAAGAAUGCUUUCAAUUAGACUCUUUAUAUUGGAGGAAUUUCUAUGUAGCAGGUAUAUUGUAUAAUUCCAUGCUUGAUGAGCAAUAGUCAAGAAGUAUUUUAGAGGAAGGUUUAUCUCAUAACCCUAAUAACCAAUGGAUUUUAAGUUAUCUUACUUAAAUAUGUUCUGAUAAACCCUCUAUGAAUGAAAUAACAAAAGAAUACUUAAAUUAGAUUUUAAAAUCUGAUACGUACGACAGCGAUAUACUAAGAUAUAUAUCUUAUAUUUAUGGAAGUUUGAAAAAUGAAAAAGAAUCACUAUUUUUCUUAGAGCAAUCUUUGAAAUUAAAUCCUAAAUCUCCCUAAACACUUAAUAAUAUUGGAUAAUUAAUUAGAGCUUCUAUGAAAGAUAAUAUAAAAUGUAUUGAGUAAUGUUAAAAGGCCAUAGAAAUAAAUCCUAAGAUAGUAAAUGCAUAUUAUAACAUGGGUUUAGCGUAUCAGAAUGAAUAGCAGCAUGAUAAAUCCUUAGAAUGUUAUAAGAACUCAAUAGUUGGAAAAAAGUUAAAAACUCCAUAUCAAAAGUUGUAUGCUUUGUUAAAGUAAUAAAAGAAAUAUUAAGAGGCAGAGUUUUACAUUCAAAAAGGAAUGCAAUUGCACCCUAAUGAAAUAACAAUAGCAUAUUAUUAUUUUGAUUAUUUGCAAAAAUAUUCUGAAUUUAACAAUUUAAGGGAUAAUGAAUCAUUUAAUGAAGCUUCUAAUAUUUGUUUAAAGCUCUCAAAACAGGAAUAAAAUAAAUACUUAUAUCCAUAUUUAACUAAAGUUAGUAAUUAAUAAUUUUUUUGA